AUGUCUACCAGAUUUGCCCUGAAAGUUUUUAAUUCCUUGAAAACUACAGCCAAGUAUAGAUACUUGAGUGAUUUACCUCCUUCAAUUACUUAUCCAAUCAAUACUCAUCCAAAAUUCCAAGAAAUUCUUCAAAAGAAGCUCGACAAUGCUUCUCAUGUAGAGGAAACUCAAGAAUCUAAUCCAAAUGUUGCUUCUAGAAAAAGUACAAGCGAACGUGUUUUAUUAAAACCAGAUUUUAAUAUCAAAGUAGACUUGCCAAUUACCUCAUCCACAGAAACAACAUACACAACAGGUAAACACACCGGAACAAAACUCACAAAAACAAUUGAACAUGAAGUUGCCGACCUUGAAAACUUCUUCAACAUUAACAAGGCUGCACCAUUCACUGGCUUUAAUAUGGAAAAUUAUCAACUCAUUCAAUCAACAAUUCCAUCAGAAACACUUAUUAGUAUGUUUAAAUCUCACAAAAAGUCUCCUACAGCUACAUUAACUGCUGAUGAAUUGGUUGAAAGAAUUUUUGAUAGUGAGGAAUUCCGUGUUUAUAAGGAAAAAUUAGACCAAUUUAUCACUCAAAACAAUAUUGUUAGACCUUCAUAUGAUUUCCUCCAUAAUAUUCCUAUUGAAUUAGAACUCCAAAGCUCUAUCCACCAAAAUCAUACUCCUCUCCUUAACUGGCUCAACGAACAAUGGAAUGUUAUUGUUAACUUUAAACAACAAUUACAAUCCUUCCAUAACGAAUAUGUUAAUGGACAUUUCACACAAACAACUUCAUCAAAGGAUGAAGCUAAACUUCUCUCUGAAACUUUUAACAAAUUAGAAGAAGUUAAAGUUUUGAGAAUGUCUUUGCAUUACACUGCCGAACAAUGUUUUACUACUAGAUUGAGCCAAGUUGAACAAACUUUACAAAAGAUUGUUGCUCUUUCUACUGAAGUUCAAACAACAAUGUUGAAUAAGACCAAGACUAAAUAUCCACAACUUUCUCCUUUGGUUGAAAAGCUUUCUGCCUUCUUGAAGAUUCGUAGUGAAUUUUUGACUGCUAAUCCACAAGCUCAUCUCUUCAGUCUCCAAAGUAAUAUUGUUAGUGAUAUUCAAACUCGUUAUCAACAAGAACAAGGAACUCCAGACUUUAUGGAAAUGGUUGGUUCUGCAUUUAAACAAUAUAAGAGUCAAAUUACUCCAAUCUUUAGCGUUGAAGAAUACAAUAAGUUCAAGACUAACAUUUUGGAUAAUAUUGAAAAGUUGGAUAAUGAUACUUAUGGAUUUUUACAAACACAAUUGGAAGCAUUCAGUACUGAUGCUAACUUUGAUAUUAGAGUAUUCGAAGAAGCUGAAAGUGAGGAUUCACUCUUCUCUAAUUAUCUCCAACAAAAGAUUAAGGAGCAAUUGAGAGAUGGUAAAUCACCAUUCAAAGCUAUCUUUAACCUUGAAAACCUUACUUCAAUUGUUAGUCAUGCUAGAGCUUCCCGAUCAGGACCAGAACUCAGAGAAUUGUUGCCAUUCUAUCAAUCUAAAUAUGUUGCUGAAACAAGACUUCCAAUUCACCAUAUUUCUACUAAAUUCUCAUAUGGUUUCGGUCAUGAUGGUAUUAAAUAUCCAAGAGAUAAGAUUGUUAAACUGACAGUUAGACUUUCUGAUAUUGAUUUCACUUCUGAAAUUGCUAGACAAAACUUUAUCAAGAUUGUUAAGGGAGACAUGAAGGCUAAAUACAAGAAGAGAUUCAGUGAUAACAAACAAUCAGUGACAUUGAUCAGUGGUAUUUAUGAUACAAGAAAGGAAAAUAUUAACUAUUUACAAAACUUGUUGGUUGAAAUGGUGAGAGCUGCUGAAAGCUUUGAUACUCUCAUUACUGAUGUACCAACUAUUGAACCAGUUGAAUCUAAGGAACAAGCUGAAUUGAGAUUCAAGGAUGAAGAUGCUAAGGCUGAAGUUGCUCUUGAAGCUUGGGUACGACACAAGAAGGCUGGUAAGAUUACAGUCGGUGCUGAUUUAACUUGGGGUGAAGGUGUCAAGGAAGAAGUCCAAGAAGAAGAAGAAAUUGUGGAAGAUUACGGUUAUACAUCAUAUAGUGCUGACGAUUUGAAGGACAUUGAUUUUGAAGAAAAUUUAAUGGAAGAAGAGGAAGAACCUGAAAUUGAAGAACCAAUUAAGGGAAAGAAAAAUAGAAAGUAA